CAUUCAUUUCAUUCUUUCAAAACAACAAAUGAGUCGAUCAAAAAAGCUCAAAAAUCUUCAUUCAAUUUUCAAAGACAAAGCCAAAAUCAUCAAAUCAAAAUUCUCAAUCACAAAUCACACAAUCACAUCGUCAAUCCAAGUCACCGUCCUCCGUGCCACCACUCGGUCCACCCGAACUCCACCACAAGACCACCUUAUUUCCGCCCUCAUCUCAUUCGGUCACACCACACGCCACUCGGCUUCAGCGUGUAUAUCGACAAUUAUCAACCGUCUUCACCACCAUAACGAACCAAAUGCUUAUGUAACAUUAAAGUCUUUAAUAACGUUACAUUAUAUGAUCAAUAGUGGUUCAUUUUUUCUCAAGGAACAACAAAAAAAUUCGUUACAAAAUUUUUCGAGCACAAAUUUCGAUUUUCUUAAUUUGUCUAGGUUUAUGGAUAACACUGACAUACAAUCUCGAGAGUUUUCGAUAUGGGCACAAUGGUAUGCACGUUUUUUGGAAAGUCAUUUGGUCACGUCUAAUGUUCUAGGAUGUGUCACAUCUUUAUCAAAAACCGAUAUUUUAGAGAAACACAAAGAAAAAAUGAAAUUCUCAUUGUACAUGGACUUAUUCAAAGAAGUUGACUCAUUGGUUUCGACAAUUGAAGAAAUUUGUAACGCACCAAAAUCGUUACAUUGUCAAACAAAUGAUAUUGUGUACGAGGUAAUGAGAUUAGUUGGAGAAGAUUAUCGUAUGUUACAAUAUCAUACAAUGAUUCGUCUAACCGAGUUGAAUGAAAGAAUGCAUAAACUUAGCACGGUCGAGUUGAACGAGUUGACUUGGUGUCUGGCACGUUUAGAACGUUGUAAAGAGCGGCUAACCGAAUUGUUCGUGAACCGGAAACGUAACAAGUCAUUUUGGGAUUUGGAGAAUGAGUUAAUGGUGAAACUUAUGAGAUUGAAACAAGAAAAGGAGAUGGAAUCGGUGAGUUGGAAAAUGAUUGAGUAUGUUACUGAGUCGACUCAGUUACAUAAACAACUCAUUGAAUAUAAUCGACCGUUGGAAAGAUUGCCGUUUGGUGCUUUUGGGAAAGGCAAUAAUUGGGGAAAUCAAUGUUUUUUUAUGGCUGGCUAGUGCGUGAACUAUGCUUGUCUGGUUUUUGACUUUUUUCUUCUUUGCCUUUUGUUUUUUACUUUUUUGUUCAUAUUAAUGAUUUUG